AUGAAGGUUUCAUGCAAACUUUCGUGCUGUUUUGGGCUUUUAACAUCGUUGAUGUUGUUUUCAGUUGCAAGGUCUCAACUAAGCACUGAUUUUUAUUCAUCAACAUGCCCAAAUCUUUUGAAAAUCGUCCGUACAGAGGUCCAAAAAGCAAUCAUGAAUGAAAUCAGAAUGGCUGCUUCUUUGCUUAGGCUGCAUUUCCACGAUUGUUUUGUAAAUGGCUGCGAUGCAUCGUUGCUGUUGGAUGGAAGUAAUAGUGAGAAGCUUGCAGUGCCUAACUUGAACUCUGCAAGAGGAUUUGAAGUAGUAGAUACGAUAAAGAAUGCUGUGGAAAGUGCAUGUGCUGGAGUUGUAUCAUGUGCUGAUAUACUAGCUAUAGCUGCCAGAGAUUCAGUUCUCUUGAGUGGAGGACCUGCAUGGAGAGUUUUACUUGGUAGGAGGGAUGGAUUAGUUGCAAAUCAGACAGCAGCCAAUGCAUCAGUACUUCCUGGUCCUUUUGAUCCACUAAACACAAUCAUUGCCAAGUUUGCUGCUGUAGGCCUUAACGUGACAGAUGUUGUUGCCUUAUCUGGUGCACAUACCAUUGGCUUAGCAAAGUGCGCCGUGUUCAGCUCAAGGUUGUUCAACUUCUCCGGCACUGGUGCUCCAGAUGGUACAAUGGACACCAGCAUGGUGUCUGAUCUGCAAAGCCUUUGUCCUCAAACUAGCGAUGGAAACAACACAGCCCCGCUAGAUAGGAAUUCCAGGGAUUUGUUUGACAACCAUUACUUUCAAAACUUGCUCAGUGGCAAGGGACUGCUUCAAUCUGACCAAAUCCUAUAUUCUAGUGAUGCAGCAGCAUCGACCACCAGAAGUAUCGUUGAAAAUUAUAGCAAAAAUUCUGUACUUUUCUUCAAUGACUUCGUGAAUUCCAUGAUCAAGAUGGGCAACAUAAGCCCAUUGACUGGUUCAAGCGGACAGAUCCGGAAGAACUGCAGAGUUGUUAACUCGUAG